ACCAAUAUCUCAGUUUAACCUUAUUUUAUAGGUUACGUGUGCUUGUCUGAGAACAGUGAAAUGGCCAGUGCUUCAGUGUUGCAAGAAGAGUUCUGUUGUCCUAUCUGUUUGGAUCUGCUGACGGACCCGGUGACUGUUACCUGUGGACACAGUUUCUGUUUGAAGUGUAUUACGGGGUGCUGGAAUCAAGAAGACUAUAAGGGUGUUUACAGCUGCCCCCAGUGCAGAGAGACCUUUACUCCCAGACCUGUUAUUCGCAGAAGCACAUUGCUGGCUGAUGUUGUGGAGAAGCUGAAGAAGAUCGAUCUCCUAACUGAUGCUACGUCUCCUUGCUACGCUGGACCAGACGAUGUGGAGUGUGAUUUCUGUACUGGGAGAAAACACAAAGCCAUUAAGUCGUGUCUAACAUGCAUGGGCUCUUACUGUGAGGUUCACAUCCAGCCUCACAAUGAGGUGGCCUGUCUGAAAAAGCACAAGCUAGUGAACGCCUGCUCACGGCUACAAGAGAAGAUCUGCUCACAACACCACAGGAUCAUUGAGGUGUUUUGUCGCACAGAUCAGAAGUUGAUAUGUAUGCUCUGUACAAUGGACGACCACAAUGAACACAAAACUGUCUCCGCUAUAGCAGAACGAACUGAGAAGCAGAAAAAGUUGUUGGACAUGAAGUGGGAUAAUCUGAUGCGAAUCCAGCAGAUUAACAAGGAGGUGCAGGAGGUGAAACAGGCAAAGAAGUAUCUGCAGAUGUCUGCACAGGUAGCUGUUGAGGACACAGAGGAGAUCUUCACGGAGCUGAUCAGCUUCAUGCAGAAAAAAUGCAUUGAGGUAAAAAUGUCUAUCAGAGCUCAGGAGAGGGCAGAGGUGAGACAAGCUGAAGAACUCUCAAAAGAACUGGAGCUGGAGAUCGCUGAGCUAAAGAACAGAAAUGCUGAUAUGAACCAACUCCAGCCAAUUGAGGACCCCAUUGAUUUCCUUCAGAGUUUCCAGUCACAUCUCGCCUCACCUGCGGCUAAGAACCUUCCCAAGGUUACUUUUAAAACAAAGUUCUCCUUCAGCGAAGUGAUGAAAUCUGUCUCUCCAUGUCUGAAGGAGAAAACAAAAGAGUUCCACAAGGCAAUACACAAAGUUACAGGCUUCAUGAAAGGGGACACGGUCAAACGGACGGUUCCUGAAGAACACUGCGGGUUUUACAGAAUCAACAGACAUGCUGCUGACCUCACACUCCGCAUUAAUGGUGUGGUGACCGCCAUCACAGGGUCAGCUGUGACUGUGGACUUUCCAGACUAUCCUGGCUGGAGCGGGAGUGCGUCCAAGAUUGAGCUGGUGCUCUGAUACACGUCAUUACCUCACGAUGGCUACCACCUGAACCACCCAGUCUUCCCGUGUAAAUGCUUUGGUUAAUACUCUAUGUACAUGUCUCUCUGGGUACAGAGCAUCCUCUUUUCAUUUUGUGUUUUUUUUUAUAGAGAACAUUUUGAAAUAAUUUCAGAGUGUAUUCACUAACUCCCAUGUCUGCCUUUCCUAGAGCUCAGUAUUUUAUUACAUUACAUGUUAGUUUCUUAUAUAAAAGUGCAUAUCACCUUUGGAUGUGUGCCUCAACAGGAAUGUUGAAUUAUUAAUAAAUAAAAUACUUUUACACUUUUAAUGUGUCAGAUGAAUUGUUUGUUGCAUGCACAUUAGUUGUUUUAGUGAUUGGAACAUGGCAACAUGACACUUCUACAUGCACCUCUCCCAGUGCUUCCCACCUCUCCCAGUGCUCCCCAUAUACCACAGCACUUCCCACCUAACCCAGCAUUUCUUACCUACUCUACUGCUUCCCACCUACCCCAGCGCUUCCUAGUACAAAGUAGGUGGUUAAGUUUUUCCUAACCCAAUUCCCUGUGUGGUUAUCGAAUACACAUCUGCAACAGACUCGGAUAGCAAGCUCCACUCUCACAUUCGUGGCUGAUUAAAUAUGCAUUGUGACAAAGUAUUUGUAAUUCAGACCGUGAGUAGGUCAUGAGGAGACAACAAAGACUGGCACAUGGGAUUAUUGUAUAAACUGUUAUCACUAUUUUUAAAUCGUUGUUUUUGGGGUGUAUGCAACAUUGCUAUGUGCCUACGUGUUCGAAAAUAACCAGGAAGAAACAUCAAACACACUACAAUUGUCAAAAGGUAAAACCGAAUUUUAAGCAAAAGACCAUGCUCACAGCCAUGACUAGAACCGCUAGCUGCCCUCUGCUGUUUU